CCAACGGCCUCCAUGCACGGCCUACCCAACCCCUCCCCACCUCGCCUCCCUGUCGACAUACGACGCCGGCCUCUCGCUCGAAGCUCGCGCGGCGGCUGGCCGGAGAGGGACGUCGUCGAUAUCGAUCCCUAGCUAGAUAACUACGCGUGCGUGCCUAGUAGCUUACUAAUAAUCACGCCAUGGGGAAGCGCAGCGUCCCCCGCUACCCGGAGGACGAGGACAAAGGCGGCGGCUGCUGCUGCUGCCUGCUCGGGUGCUGCUGCUUCUUCUUCCUCAUCCUCUUGUCGUUGUUCGCCGGCGUAGCCUACCUCUACUACGCAUACAACCCCAAGCCGCCGUCCUACUCCAUGAGCAACAUGGCCAUCUCGCAGUUCGAGUUCAGCUCCUCCGACCUCACGCUCUACACCAAGCUCGUCGCCAGCGUGCGCGCCGAGAAUCCCAACGAAAAGAUCAGCAUCAAGUUUGACGAUGGCUCCCGCACCGUCGUCUCCUACCGCGGGACGCCGCUGUGCUCGGGCAAGAUCCCAACCCUCGUACAGGGCCCCAAGAACAUCACCGUCAUGGAGAUCGCCAUGGAGGGGCGGCACGGGUUCGGGUCCGGCCUACAGGAGGCGCUCGAGGAGAGCGAGAAGGAAGGCAACGUGCCGCUCGACAUUUACGUCAGCGUGCCGGUGCAGCUGCAGUUCGGGGUCUUCGAUUUGCCGCGGAUCAAGGUGAACGUGCACGCCGCUCUCGUCGUCGACAGCCUCUCGCCCAAGAAGAAGCCUACCAUCAAGUCGGCCACUUACCAGGGCAACGUAGAGUUGGUCUGAUCGAUCGUGUGGUGGUGUGUAUAAUCACCGUGCUCUUUGAUGUAUUCACUGGUUGAUUGUCCUGUGGAGCUGGGAGGAAUGAAUACACAUACAUUGUGUUGUAAUCUCUAAUUAACAAUGUAGUCAAAUGGGUUGCGAAACAUAUUAAUUUCAUUUAAUUGAAAGCAAAUUCUACCUUUUA